CCCCUUCUAUGAAGGGAAAAAAAUAUCUCACCAGCAAAGAGGAAGUGAGAUUGAAAAAAAAACUAAAAAAGAGAGAAAAAAAGAUUCUGCAUCCAGAAUCCAUCCACAGUGCGUUCUGCCGCCAUGGCCGGGCUGAGCGUUCUACUGGAGACCACCCACAAGAGCCACCCCGGGAAGCCACCGGCGCAGAUCAUCAGCAAGGCCACCCUCGUGAUCCGCGGCGCCAAGCCCAAGCAGGUCUCGCCGGCCGCCGCGACCUCCUUCCUGCAGCGCUGCUUCCUGUGCCACAGGGAGCUCGCCGAGGGCAUGGACAUCUACAUGUACAGAGGCGACCGGGCGUUCUGCAGCGAGGAGUGCCGGUGCCGGCAGAUCUUCAUGGACGAGGACGCCGGCAGCAGCAACUGCUGCGCCAACGGUGCCGCCGCCGGCGCCGCCGCGCGCGGCAGCCGGCGAGUCGGAAGCCGCUUCGCGUACUGAUUGGCGCCGUGAGGUCCAGUGUGUGGGGGGCAGAACAGAACGGAAUCAUCAUGGUGGAACACGGCCAGCGCCCACGGAGCAGAUCGGGAGAGCCAAGAGAGCAUUAACCACGGAGGAAGGGAUUAGCAGUGAGGGUUAACCAGUAGAUUAGUGUGGAGUAUCUGACAGCUCAGGGGUGCGUGGGUCCCAGUCCAGGUACAGAGGAAGAAGAUGCUAGCACUACAGCUACACGACCAGUACGUGGCAUCUCGCUGGACGUACCGGAUAAGAUGGCCAUGACUUGGAGUAGGACCCGCCGCCUCGUUGGGCCCCACCUCAUGAAGUGGAUGAGGAUCGAACGAGUAAUUAGCGGCCUCUUGUAGUCUUGUGUCGCGUCCCUCCCCAAUCUGGCUCUGGUAGAGAUUAGCCUACGCACGCAAAAACUAACUGCGGUCAAAAGGUGGGCCACUUACCGUAGGCACAUGUCAAUUUUUUUUGUUCUUUCUUUCUUCUCCUUGGAUUCGACUUUUGCAUUAUUUCCUUGUGUAACAUACUAGUAGUUCAAUAUUGGGGUGUUGUUAUUGUAUUGUACCGGAUACUCUUCGAGGAGCCUAUCCGUCUAAAUCAAAUAAGGAGUCGACUCAAAGCUGUCU